AUGUUAGAUGAAAAUAAAACCAUAGGAUUACUACUAUUUUUUUUAGGAAUAGUAUCGGGGUUUAUUGGAGUAUUUCUAUUUUUUGAUAAAUUUUUUUUAUGUGUAUCAAAUUUGUUUUUUUUAUUAGGCUUAUAUUAUUUAGUAGGAACAACAAAAAUUGUAAGAUUUUUAAUGAACAAAAAAAAAAUUGUAGGUAGUGCAAGUUUUUUAUUUGGUUUCUUCUUAAUAAUUUUAAACAGAACAUUAAUUGGCUUUGUAUUUCAGACAUUUGGAAUAUAUAAAUUAUUCUUUUCCUUUUUGCCAAAUAUUGUGCAUUUUGUAAAAUAUUCACCUAUUGGUUUCAUAUUAAAUUUACCUGGAAUAAAGCAACUGGCGGAUUACCUUGUAAAUAGCGAUCGAUUGCCCAUUUAA